UCUGAGGCACCACACUGUGUCUUGGAAGCUGCUUGUGACUAACACAAAGACUCUCGAUAAACACACACACUCUCACUCACUAGCGCUUACACACUUACACACACACACAAUGGAUGUCAAAGUGGUGGUGGUGAUGUUUUACCUCAUGGUGAUUAAUGCGGAUUUGGAGACUGAAGCGAAGCCCAUCAGCCUGUUGGAGAGAUGCUGGUGCCGCUCGACGCUCAACACCGUGCCACAGAGGAGCAUCCGUGAGAUCAAGUUCCUCCACACGCCACACUGCCCUUUCCAAGUCAUAGCCAAGCUGAAGAACAAUAGAGAAGUCUGCAUCAACCCCAAGACCAAAUGGUUGCAGCAGUAUCUGAAGAACGCCAUUAGCAAGAUAAAAAAGACAAGACAAAAUGAAAACUAAAGGCGGCGGUGGUGUAAGAGGCCGGCCUGUGACUCUGACCUCUGUAUUGCAUGUACACACCUCCCACACACACACACACACACACACACACGCACCAUCUGUCCCUGUGUGGACUGCUUGCACAAACAGCACUUCGCCUAUGAAUGCCUUUAUUCCUGCACCAGAAGCCCACCACACACACACACACACACACACACACACACACACACACACUGCACCAUUUUGCCAUUGUGAGAUUUCGGGCUUCUGCAGGUCUGUAUACUGAACUGAACUGAACUGAAUGGCUGAAUGUGGAUAGAAAUAUUUUUGUGUGUUUUCUGUAUGCAUUCGCUUUGUGCCUUUUAUUUUUUUCCGGUAAUAAGUUGCUGAUAAGUGUCAUGGUGAAUUAAGAAGGAAAAAAAAACUGGGUAGCAGUUACGCUUAAAACUUAAAGCAGAUUGAACAAAAAUGAAAUGUUUCUCCAGGAAGCCACAGUAUGAUGCUAAUGUAGCUAACACAAAGAGUGUAUACUGUAGCUACAGUACCAGUUUAGCAUCGUGUGUAGAUCAUAAUUCGUCAUUCAGCAUCCAGACUUAGAGAAAGUUUUUGAAAAAAAGAGUCACCCAGACCACCAUGAGACUCAAAUGGGGGGCAUGGCUUACAGUUUGAAGGCGAGGUUUUGAUUCAGUGAUUCAGCUAAACUGCUAACUAUAUGUUAGCUACACUAGCUCUCUUAUCUCUAAAAAAAACAAAACUACAAGCUAAAACCACGCAAGGCACAAACAGUGAAAUCAUUUUUUCAGUUAAUAAGGGAAAACUUUUAUGAGGAAAUGAUUCACGACGACACUUUCAGUGACUUCAGUACAGUAAGAUUCUAGUUUUUCUUUCUUUAAGAGCCACAGGAUGAUCUUCCGUGCACAGGCAUAGCUUUUUUUUUUUUUUUUUGCUAACAUUUUCUCUACGAGGCCGAAUUCACGUUAAUGAAUCAGUAGAAUUCUUGGAUUUAGUAGCAUCAUGUGUAACACUUGCUGUUAAAGGUGCUGACACUGAAUCCUUCCAUUAGACUUUCAAUAAACAGCGUGAGGUAUUUCCAAUAUACAUGGCCACGUGAAAGCUGUUAGUAUAGAAAUCAUGUUUUAGCUAAAUUACAGUAUGAAUCACAUAAAUUAUGUAAGAAAAACAUUGUUUGCGUAGCAAAACACGUUAUAAGAAACUUUCUUGACUCGUAAACAUGCUUACAUUGAAUUAUUAUGACAUAACUGGCUUUCUAGAAAGUGUUAGCAUGAUUUAUUUGCUUUUUUUUGGUUCUUUUCAAUAAUGUAACUUUCACAUCAAUGCAAUCUCUAUUGGCAGCUGCUAGUUUUAUUAUUAUUAAUAUCAUUAUUUUCAAAUCCUGUGCUUAUGAAAUAUUAUAUACGUAUCUCCUUAUCUCCGUCCAGCCAGACGUGUUCUUCUGUUGUGUUUGCACACCUGAUCAUGAUGUAGGAUUGUGGUUUUGUCGUAAAAGGUUGGAUCAGUAAACGGAGACAAAUUUAAAUCCUUUGUGGAAAUAGAAAGGGGUGGGGGGGGCGUGGGGGUGGGGCAAAAAUCCACCAAAAUAUUGAAAUGAUUUUAAUGAACUUUUUUUUAUUGAUCCAACUUUUUACUUGACUGUGUAUUGUAUAACAAAUACAUCAUAAUUAUGGACCAUACAGUACAUCUGAUUCUCAACCUGUAAAUAGUCGGAGAAUCAGGUGAUGAUGUAACAUUUGGCAUCGUAUCAUGUCAAGAGGCUUCCAUAAUUAUGAGCAUAUUUAGUGCUGAUUUACUAUUUACAAGAAUUAUCUCACUUUAAAUACAGUUUAUUUUCGUAAAAGAGAACCUACGAGGGACGUUUUGUUAUAUGAAAUCAUACAACUCAUGAGGGAACAAAAAAAAAAAAACCCAAAAACAUCUAAUCACACGUUUCCAGAAUAACAGCCGUAAUUGCGCCAGAUGACGAGCAACUCCUAAAGCCCAGCUUAUUAACUGUGUAAUUGUAACGGGAUAAUAAUAACAUGUGGAUAUGAUUUCCGAGGGAAUGAAACAUGUGUUUUUUUAUGAGGACAAUACAAUAAGCACUUCACUGCUGUACGCUGAUUUUCUUUUCAAUGUCUUUGCUUUUAUAAAAUAAUUAAAAAUUUUUUUUAAA